AUGUCAGAUCUCAAACCCAUCAUCGCCUACGUCCACGGUGAGUCCACCCACCCGUCCGCUCACCCACCCCGGACCUCCGAAACACCACCUCAAGUCCUCUCACUAACAAUUCUCCCCCUCACCCCACCAAAAACAGAGGGCGGCGGUCCAAACCCCUACAAGGUGAUCAUAGCCCUAGAAGAGCUCUCCCUGCCCUACGAGAAGGUCCCCGUCCCGGACCCAAAGGCAGAGUGGUUCACAUCGGAGAUCAACCCCAACGGCCGCAUCCCGGCCAUCCGCGACCCCAACAACGGCGACCUGGUGCUCUGGGAGUCGGGCGCCAUCGUCGAGUACCUCGUCGACACGUACGGCCGGGGCCGCAAGCUGACGGCGUCCGACGAGGGCGGCGGCGCGGACAAGUGGCGCCUCAAGCAGUUCCUGCACUUCCAGAUGUCGGGCCAGGGCCCCUACUACGGCCAGUCGAUCUGGUUCCACAAGAACGACCCGGCCAACGCGGUGGCCAAGGAGCGCUACAACGAGCAGAUCGUGCGGGUGAUCGGCGUGCUGGACGGGCUGCUCAAGGGCAAGGAGUACCUCGUCGGCGACAAGUUCACAUAUGCCGACUUGGUUUUCAUCCCCUGGAACCGCGUCAUCGGCUACAUGCCGUUCCUCAAGGAAGGGCUCUGGGACAAGUACGACAUCGCAAACAAGUACCCCAACUACAUGGCCUGGAACGAGCGCCUGAACGAGCGCGAGUCCGUCAAGAAGGCAUAUGCUUGA